AACGACUAAAUUGUAGGUUGUCACGUAGUGAUCUUUUUUUAAAAAAAAGAUUUAGAAUUACAUUUAAAAAAAAAUAACCCUCACAACACAAACGCCAUUCUUCAAGUGCUACAACGUACUACAAGAGGUUGAACGGUUGGGAUCAGUUUUGGAUUUGCAUUAUUUUGGAUGACUAUGUAAAUGUUGAAUGACAAGACAUGAAUCUGCUUCCUCAAAAUUAUAAAGACUUCCACUCAGCUGAAUACUGGGAAAACUUUUUCAAAAAGCGAGGAACAAAGGCAUUUGAGUGGUAUGGAGAAUAUCCAGAACUUUGUGGAGUUCUUCAUAAGUACGUAAAGACGUCAGAUAAGAUCCUGGUAAUCGGUUGUGGUAACUCAGUCCUGAGUGAGAAUCUCUAUGAUGUUGGUCAUCAUGACAUCACAAACAUUGAUAUCAGUGAUGUGGUAGUGCGACAGAUGACAGACAGAAACAAGGGGCAGAGACCAUACAUGAAGUACAUCAAAAUGGAUGCACUCAGUAUGGAAUUUGAAGAUUCCUCAUUUAGUGUUGUCUUGGACAAGGGGACGUUAGAUGCCUUAAUGGUUGAUGAUUCUGAUGCUGUGAAUAAAGACAUCGAUAAAAUGUUCAGUGAAAUCGGAAGAGUACUAAAGCUUGGUGGUCGAUACAUUUGCAUUUCUUUAAUGCAAGACCAUAUAUUGAAUAAAACUCUACAGUAUUUUCCUGAUGUGGGAUGGCCAGUGAGGAUUCACAAGAUAGAAACAGAGAAUUCUGAAAACACUGACAAAGAUUUCACACUGCCAGUGUUUGCUGUUGUGCUCACCAAAUUCAAGAAAUUACCAAACAUGAAACCAAUACUUGAAAUAAGCAGCUCCGAGGAUAAAAUCAGUCGAUAUAACUCGGUAGAUGAAGUGAAGACCCUGAUCAAAGAGGUCCAGUAUUACGCCAUGAUAAGACAGAAACUCAGUAAGAGGAACUUAUAUGGUGAACAAGUUUCCUUGACGCUUUUCACAUCCUCAUCAUCAGAACCUAGAUACACCCUCCAUAUUGUUGAUGUUCCAGAGACAGGCCUCAGGAAGUUUGCCAUAUUCAUUGUUCCUCAGGGGAGAGAAACUGACUGGCUGUUUGGUUCUGAGGAAGGGAGGAACCACUUGGCUAAGAACGCUGGUUUUGAGCGGCUAGUGGUGGUCUCCUUGAGUAGGCACCACUCGUACUCUGAUAUGGAUAGUGUUAAGCAUGAGCUGUCUUCUAAAGUUAUGGAGCUGGCACCACCAGGAUUCAAAGAAGGAGUACAGAUACCCUUCCUGUCCCUGGGGGAUGACAUUGGAAGCCGGACGGUGGUGUGUGAGGGUCACAGUCAGCUGAGUGGGGACUAUAUUGUGGAGGAUGUGGUAGCAGACGGGGGUCAGAUUUUUAGGCGACUCAUCUUCACUUCUUGUCCAAACGUUAUUCAAUCUGAGGCCAGAAUAAAGCAAGAGCCAAAAAAGAAGGGUAAGGGAAAGAAGAAGCCUGUCAUAGAUCACAGUUACCUAGCCAGCCAAUAUUAUGUUGCUAUGGUUACAGGAUUAGGAUUUCUCAAGUCUGUAAUAAAUAAAGAUGAGAAGUUAACCUGCAUGUUGAUUGGUCUUGGAGGAGGGGGGUUGCCAAACUUUCUACAUCAGCAUAUAUCUCAGAUUGAGAUAGAUAGUGUGGAUAUAGACCCAGACAUUGUAGAGGUGGCCAGGGAAUGGUUUGGAUUUCAAGAAGAUCAGAGACAGAGGGUUCAUGUUGCUGAUGGAAUAAAAUUUGUACAAGAUGCAGUGAGAGAGGGACAGAAGAAAGAUCUUGUAAUCCUAGAUGUGGAUAGUAAAGAUAGAACAGUUGGAAUGAGUUGUCCUCCCCUGCCUUUUGUAGCCACAUCCUUCCUUUCUACAGUCAGAGAUUUGUUAAAAGAUUCUGGUCUACUGAUGAUAAAUGUGGUCUGUAGAGAUGACAAACUGAAAAGUCAGGUUCUCAACGACAUUAUGGAAGUAUUCCCCUGUGUGUAUACUAAAGACUUCUCAGAUGAUGUGAACACUGUUUUGUAUGCCUUACCCUCCCAGCCUGUCCUACCUGACCCCACAGAGAAACCUGACACUGGGGGCAAGAGGAAAGGGGGUUCAGUGGACCCAUUAAUCAAGGCUGUUAGUGCCAAUGUGACAAUGUUACAAAAGUCUAUAACAGACUCCAACAGCAAAGUGGAUAUUGACCUUGUAGAAAUGUUGGAUGGGUUGACACUGACAAGCAGGUGAACACUUUUAUUUUGGAGAAAAUACAGAUUUUAUAUUAGA